AUGAAUCAGUCAAUUUUAAACCAUUUAUUUCUUCCACAUUAUUUACCAUUCUCUGCUGCUGAUGAUUAUCUACUUCAAAACAAUCAUGAGAAUGAAUACAUGUUGUUAGAAUGUAUGGAGGAAUAUUUAAAUUCAUUUGCAUCAACGGAUGUAUCAGAUUCGUUACCAAUACUUCGCAUUCUUGCCGAGUGUGCGCAACGUUGGUCUGCUCUGCAAGACCCGAAAAAUAUCUCCGUGUCAAAGUUACAAUCUGCAAUUGAGCGAUUACCAUCGGGAGGUUUUCUUCCUCUUUAUUUUUAUGCUCAAAAUGCUGCAAUAUUGAUUGAAAUGGAUGAAAGUGAUAACAAUCAACCAAUAAUUUCAUCAUGGCAAGUCUCAUUGCCAAGUACACAAAUAACUUCAUCUUUUGUACUUCAUCUUUCCUGUUUUCCUGUAAGAACAUACAGAUUGAAUAAUCGAUCUCAGCUGAUGUCCAAAGUUCAUUGUGAAUUGUUGGUAGAUUUUAUGGUCAACACUAUUGAAUAUUCUAAAUCUUAUAAAUCCUCUCGCGAAGUUGAUGAAACACGUGAAUUACCAGAAUCACAUUAUGAAUGUCAAUGGUGGAUUCAGCACUUUAAACGGCUAAAAAUCGAAAACAACUCAAAUACAUUCAUUCAAUUCAAGAAAAAACAUCGUGAUCAUGUUAGAUGGAAUUAUGCAUCAUUAUCUUUUCGACGAUCUGGUUUAUGGAUGACAAUUAAAGUAGUUUUUCAGACCAUUCUAACCAAGCGUCUGAAACAUAUGGGUACUAUUGUUUAUAAAUUAUUGAUUACUAGUUUCCUUACACAUGUUAAAAUAUCCAUUGGUUUAUUAGUUCAUUGCAUUCGAAAAUUGUACGAAGAUUAA